AUGGCAGGAGAAGAGGAGGAAAGCAGGAACAAGAAGGAAACACGUAUCAGGUCUGUAAGUGUUUUUCAUUUAAAAAAUCUUUCUUCUGCAUGUCUGUCUGUCCUUCAGGGUUUUCGGCUGCUGGGGAUCCUUGACGUCCAGAACACUACAUGUGCCAGAGAGGCCAUCCUGCACGGGGCUGGAGGCUCACUCACUGCUGGCCUGCUGCACUUUCUGGCCACAAGUCGGGUAAGGAGGUCUUUUGAUGUUGGAUUUGCAGGCUUUAUGCUGACCACUCUCGGCUCCUGGUUUUACUGCAGGAUGAACAACGCUAAGCUUCGAGUGCAGCAGAGAAUGAUCCAGGGCGGCAUCAAGAACAAGGUGGUUUAUGAAGGAACUACCGUAGACCCCACAAUUAAACCUGGAGCAGAAUCAGGACCCUCAUGACUUCCAGGACUGAGAAUCCUGCCCCUCCUCUGUGACGGCUGGGAGGACAAAAGAGGACAAUGGCAGGGCUACUUCAAAGACAUAACAACCAGUUUUUUGUCUUUCGGAAAACUGACUUCUGCUGCACUAAUCAUGGACAGAUUGAGUUAUUUAAUGUGUGCUGUUUUUCCUUUUUUAUGGCUGACAACUUGCGAUACAGCAAAUCCAAUGGGUUAAAUCUUCAAUUCCAUCCAACCAAAAAUAAACUGUUGGAUGGUAAGAGUAAGCUGUACAGAUCCUGAAACACACAAAACGUGUUUUACUAUAAUCUUUUCUAAAUAUUGCUCAACCCCUUGAACUGAUCCAACAAAUGUACCACUUACUUUCUCAUUCCGCUGAAGAUAGAUAGAUAGAUACUU